UCGGCGUGUAACCAGCAUCCCAUGAUGGUGGCAUUCAAAGGAAUCUGGACCAAGGACUUCUGGAGGGCUGUCUCAGCUGAGUACCUAGCCACCAUGAUCUUCGUCCUCCUCAGCCUAGGUUCCACCAUCAAUUGGGCGGCCGAGUCAGACAACCCUCCCCCUGCAGACCUGGUCCUCAUCUCAUUUUGCUUCGGGCUGGCCAUUGCCACAAUGGUGCAGUGCUUUGGUCACAUCAGCGGUGGCCACAUCAACCCAGCAGUCACUGCAGCCAUGGUGGUGACCCGGAAGUUGAGCCUGGCCAAGGGUGUGUUCUACCUAGCUGCCCAGUGCCUGGGAGCGAUCACUGGGGCAGGGCUCCUCUACCUGGUGACACCAGUGUCUGUCAGAGGGGGCCUGGGAGUGACUAUGGUGAACCCCAAGCUCAACGUGGGCUGCGGCCUGUUGGUGGAGCUCCUGAUCACCUUCGAGCUGGUCUUCACGGUGUUCGCCACCUGUGACCCCAAACGCUCUGACGUUAACGGCUCGGCUGGCCUCGCCAUCGGAUUCGCUGUAGCCAUCGGUCAUCUGUUCGCAAUUCCAUAUACAGGAGCCAGUAUGAACCCCGCUCGCUCCUUUGGGCCUGCAGUCGUCACCAUGAACUUUGAGAACCACUGGGUGUACUGGGUUGGUCCAAUCCUGGGUGGCAUAAUGGCGGCUGCCCUCUAUGAAUACCUGUUCUGCCCUGACCCUGAGCUGAAGAAGAUACUCUGCGAAGUCUUCCAGAAGGAUCCAGCUUCGGGGAAGUACAGGGAGGUGGAGGGCGGUAUGUACCAGGGGGAACCAGACGACCUGAUCAUCAAGCCAGGCUCCAUCCACCAUAUCGACCUGGAGAAGGGGGAGAAGAAGGACCCUUUCCUGGACUCGACGGGCGAGGUGCUGUCCUCUGUAUGA